GACUGGAACCACAGAACACUAAUGUUAUUGAACUCAAAAAAUAAAUAUAAGCUUUAAAAAAUAAAAAGUGAUUUUAUCGCCAGUGAAAAUAAUAAAUCACCAAUGGAUGAAGGGAUAUCCGAUCUCAGCAAAUUAGCUGAAGAUUCGAAUUCAUCUCCCAAAGCAAAUGAUAAUGAAAAUGAUGGAAAAACAAAUGAGGAAAAAGUGGAAAGGAAGAAGAAUGAACAAUUGGGAAACUGCUAUUGUGGUAAAGAAAGGAAUUUGAAUAUAGUGGAGUUACUAUGCGCUAAUUGUAAUAGGUGGUUUCAUGAGUCUUGCAUUGGAUAUCAAAUGGGAAAAUUGGUGCCGUUUCUCAGCAAUUACGUCUUUCUUUGUAAAAAUUGUUCACCAUCCAAUCUAGAGAGUUUCCGGAAAACUCAAGCACAAAUAACUCAAAUGUGUGUAACGGCAAUAGCCAAUUUGCAACAAGCCAGUGCUAAAGAAGGAUCCAACAAACUGAUGUUCAGUAAAGAAAAAGAAAUUAUACCAUAUAUUGAACAUCACUGGGAAGCUCUAACAACAACCUCUCGAAGGGUAACCCAGUCCUGGCACCUAACUGUCCAAAAGGCUCUCAUGAAAGAGAUUCACAUACUAUUUGUCUUCGAAGACAACCCUGAAGAUGGACAUAUGUAUGGUUUGAUAGAUUCUGACUUGACCCGCAUCAGACCAAAUUAUGAUGCCAUGGUUAAAGGAGGCUUUCUGAAGGUCACCGAAUUGGGCAUUCAACAUGGUUCCUCAGCUGGUAACGUGAAAUCAAGAAAAACGAAAAGCAAGGCUCCCGAUGUGAAUGUAUCUGGAAAGAAGGGUAGGAAUUUGGAUGUUGGAAGUGUUAAAUUGCCUUCUCAUGGAUAUCCUAUGGACCAUCCCUUCAACAAGGAUGGCUAUAGGUACCUACUCGCCGAACCUGACCCCCACGCGCCAUUCAGACAAGAAUUCGAUGAGAGCUCUGAUUGGGCUGGAAAACCGAUACCAGGGUGGUUAUACCGUACCUUGAUACCAAGCACCGUACUGUUGGCCCUUCACGAUCGAGCACCUCAGCUGAAAAUUUCAGAGGAUCGACUGUCUGUCACUGGCGAUAAGGGAUAUUCUACCGUCAGAGCUACGCAUUGUGUGACAAAGGGGGUUUGGUAUUGGGAGGUCAACAUAGACGAGAUGCCGGAGGGAACAGCGAGUAGGAUCGGCUGGGGUCAAGACUACGCAAAUCUGCAGGCACCCCUGGGCUACGACAACUUCGGCUAUUCUUGGAGGUCCAGGAAAGGAACGAAAUUCCACAUGUCGAAUGGCAAACAUUACUCCGAUGUCGGUUACGGAGAAGGCGAUACUAUUGGUUUCUUGAUCAUCUUGCCUCAAAACAGUUCAACACAACUAGUUCCUAACACCUUUAAAGAUAAACCCUUGGUGAAGUUCAAGAGCCACCUGUAUCAUGAAGAGAAGGACAACAUUCCGAACCGCUUGAAAACCUUGCAGGAACUUCCGGGAAGCAAGAUCAUUAAUUUUAAAAACGGCGUAUCUCAAGGCGCCGCUUUCGAGAAUAUUUAUCAGGGAAGUUAUUAUCCGACGAUAUCGCUGUUUAGAAAUGUUACGGUCACUGCCAAUUUUGGACCUAAUUUUAAAUAUCCACCGCCUGCUGAGUUCAAUUGGAGAGGGAUGCACGAGAAAGCAGAAGAGGCGAUUUGUGAACAAACCCUUGCUGAUAUUCUCUACCUGACAGAAAAUGAAGGAAAAUUGAGACUGGACAGUUUUGUGCUUUGAAGUUUUCUUCUUUUUCAGUGCGAUUGACAAAAAAAAAUCAGUUGUAAAAUAAGUAUUUCUAAUUUUCUAUAUUUGUAAACACACGAAUAGAACAAAAUAUAGUGA